CCACCUUUGCAGCACAUCCCAUCUGGUCCGAUCCCCAUGUGUGAAUCUUAUGCCACAGAAGAAUGCGUGGGGGGCCAUAAGCUGCUGCCCCAACCCUGACGGGCACACGCCCCUCCCCCAGAUCAUAGCCUUUGACGAGCUGCGGACCGACUUCAAGAACCCCAUCGACCAGGGGAACCCAGCGCGGGCACGCGAGCGUUUAAAAAACAUCGAACGCAUCUGCUGCCUCCUGAGGAAGCUGGUGGUCCCAGAAUACUCCAUCCAUGGCCUCUUCUGUCUGAUGUUUCUGUGUGCAGCAGAGUGGGUGACCCUGGGCCUCAACAUCCCCCUCCUCUUCUACCACCUCUGGAGGUACUUCCACCGUCCUGCGGAUGGCUCUGAGGUCAUGUAUGAUGCGGUCUCCAUCAUGAAUGCUGACAUCCUCAACUACUGCCAGAAGGAGUCCUGGUGCAAACUCGCCUUCUACCUGCUCUCCUUCUUCUAUUACCUGUACAGUAUGGUUUAUACGUUGGUGAGUUUCUAAGGGGGAAGCCGGCCAGGGAGUGAGCCCAGAAUGGACCGGACGCCUGUGCACCCCCAGCCCUGCCCCUGGGCCGCAGAGGCCUCAGCCCCGGGGAGGGAGGGGGCACUGGUGCCCCCAGCCUCCUCUCCCCCACCCCAAACUGCUGCUGCGGGGACUUCCCGCCUUCAGAGCCUCCUCCCCUUGGACUAGGGCUGGGCAGAGCUCUAAAUAGGGGUAGGAGCUCCUCUGCCAGCCUGUGGGCAUGGCAGUCAGUCCUGGAAGGGGCGGGACCUCGGCCUUGUCCACUUCAGAGGGCAUUUAGGCCCUGCCACAGGGCAGGGCUUGACCCUGGAAGUUCUAGGCCGCCCCCCCACCCCCCCACCCUGGGGCUCCCCCUGCAGGUGGGGCAGUACCCACACCGGGAAUGAGCAGGCUCAGCAGGGGGGCAGCCCCACCCCUAGUCUGCCCUCCCCCAUCCCCCAGGCUUUCUCUCCAGACCCCUCCCUGUCCCCCCUUGCCCCAACCCCAGCCACCCUGUCUCUUGGACCUAUUUUCUAUGUUGCCUGGAGGAGUCCGGCACCCCCUCCCCGGCCAUUUGUGACAAAAUAUGAAUA